AUGGCGUCACAGCCUGAUUUUACGACAACUCUUAUCUGCCCAAUAGGGUUCUCUUCGAACACACAGAGUGGUGUUGGUCUUUGUGGUUACAUCCAUAAUAUGCGCGCGGUUCUUAAGCGCGAGCUGCAUGAAACUGAGAUUUACCUUGUUCUAUUCGGCUCCUACAACUAUAUCGUGCUCGGUGCCAAUUAA